GUAUGUAAAGACAGUGAACUACUGGUUCCUGGUGAUGUCUGGACUACGUAAAAGAAUAACCAAAGUAGGACAGCAAGUUCUGGAUAACUAUUGUCAGAAAGGAGAUGAGAUCAGGGGACGAAUAAUGAUACCUCCGAUACCUGAUUCCAAAUUUAUAGACAAGCUGCCUGAAGAUGUGGAGUUAGAAGGACAGAAUGCUGCCGAGAGAGAGCUUCAGGAAGGGUAUGAAGCUGAAGUGAAGGUGUUCAGAUGUUUUGAGGAGGUUAAGAGUAAUGUCAUAGUUAUACAUCAGCUGGAUUACACUCACGAACAAUAUGCUGCAUUCCUGCCAGAUCAUCAGUGUAAUGUGAAAAUGUGCAAGAGAGGGUUAGACACCCACGAUUGUCAUCAACCAAAGAAGAAUGUGGAGGGUGAGACUGAUUUUGUGGUGAUAGGAAUGAGUUUUGUGGCUGUGUUUGAAGUGAAAGGAUUGUCUCUACAGAGUUGUACUGAAGAGGAAGGUAAACUUAAAAUGAAGGGUUGUGUUGAGGAUGCCUCCAGACAAAGAAAGAGGAUGGUGGAUCUUAUCAGAUCAGUAGAUUCCUCUCUGAGGGUGUACGAGUUUACUUUGUUAAGUAACGUCUCUAGAGAAGAAGUAGAUGAGAAGUAUUUGUCUGAUGAAACUUUACUGUUCAGUGAAGAUCUCGACCACUUGGUUCAUAUCAUUGAUAGUUGUGAAGUGUUCUCAUCGAAUGCUUUAAAACCGGGGAUAAUGAAGAAUGUGGCAUGGUGUUUGCUAGGUCUGUGGUGUAUUGAUCAAGAUAACAAAUGGGACAUCACCACUUGUAGCUUACCUAAAUGUAUAAUGGACAUUGAUAGUAAACUUAGAAGAGCUCUUGUAACAAGAAAGUCAGUAGAUGAGGUUGCUGCUGAAGUGAACAGAUCUUCUGGUAAAAAUAAGGGGAGAAAGAAAACCAGUUCUAAGAAAGAAUAUCCUGAAAACCCUGAAAUGGUAGAUGCACCUAGUUUAUUCCAAAACUACCUUAAUAUUAAAAGCUUAACAAAAGAUCAGUUAGAUAUAUUUGAAAGUGAGGAGAGAUUCCUCUGGGUGGACGGCCCUGCUGGUUCCGGUAAAACUAUCGUAAUGCUUGGAAAAAUAAUUCAUUUGGCUUUAACAACACCGCCUGAGAAAAGGAUCCUUUUGAUUAUACCUUAUGGCGAUAGGUAUAAGGGUAUUCAAGCAGUCCAAUGGUAGAACGUCACUUAAAUUUACUGAACAAUAUCAUUGAGGAUGUUACUUUGUGUGAAAAGAUAUCAUACGAUUGUGAUGUUAAUGAUAAUGAUACUGAGGAUGAUAUAAGUGAGAAGAUUGAAGAAGCAGGCAGGUUAAUGUUACAACAAUUGUCAGAUAGUAGCAGUAAGAUUAUAUUGCUGGUAAUAAGGAGAGCACCUGCAGCUGUAAGCAUUAAAGUUUCAUGACGAAUUUUGAAUACGUUUUCUUGGAUGAUUUUCAAAACUUACUCGAUGUUCAUGAAGGCAGCCUUGGCCUUAGUCUUGGCUUUAGUCUUACGACAAACAGAAAGUAUGCUGAUGAAAACAUCAUAUUUGAGGGCAUACUCUCUAUCGUUAAGGAGAGCACGACUAGCGUUUGGAUACUAUGUGAUAAUGCACAAUCGGUGGUCAUAGAUAGAUUUAAAAAACUUGAAUUUCCAGCGUUAACUUUUGGUGAUGAAUUGAGAAGUUUCUUUGUUAACUCAAAAAGAUUAACUGUUAAUCUUAGGAAUAGUUGUGAAAUUUUUACUGUGUUAUCAAUAAUCAGAACGCACCACGAAAGAAUGGUAUUACCUGGAGCAAGUCCAGUGACAUGGCCCCAACAAAAGGAAGGUCACUUUCUUCGUGGCACCAAACCAGUUAUCUACUUAGUGGGUGAAAGUAAAUCUACUUCAUGGAUUGAUAUUCUGAGAAGAGAGCUCGGGAAAUUGAAAGGGUCGAACAUUCUUAAAAAUUCUGAUAUUGCAGUAUUAACAUAUUUUCUUGAUCCUACUCUGAUGACUACUCCAGAAAGUAUACUUGAGAGAUGGAAUACACCAGACGAUAAGAUAACGUUUCUUCCAGCAAUAUGGUCUAUGUCAGCUGAGUGGCCGGCUGUUAUAACACUGCUCGAUUUUCCAUCACAUAGCUCACCUGUCAACAAUGAUAACACUGCAUUCAGUCUCUCUUUUCCGUAUCUAUACACUGCAAUCUCCAGAGCCAGAGUGUACUCAACAGUGAUUGUAUUCAAUUACACGCCCAACACUUGUCAAUUUUUUGAUAAAUGUUUAGAAGAACUAAAGCAGCGUAAUGAUGUUUGUAGGAUCGUUGAACUGUAUUGAUUGUUGCCACGUCUUGUCAGUGUUAAUUUACAGUGCUUUAAGACACUCGUUAAGACUUUUGUAAUUAAUUACAAUGUUUUCAGUUGAGAAAGCCAUGGAUAUUGAAACAAAUUGUAUUGCAAUUUUAUUUAUAUAUAUUUUCAUUUACAGAUAUUUCAUCAAAUUUUUAUUGAAGAAAGUAAACGAAAUGUUUUACGCAGUGUUUUUGAAACAGAAACUAAAUGUCAUGACAACCUCUUUUGUCAGUGUAUUUAUUCACGAUGAGUUUUUAAAUUAAAUUAUAUUCAUACUUUAAUGCUACUGUAUUUUUCUGUGAGAAUAUUUUUGCCAUGUUUGAAAGUUACAUUUAUAUUAUUUUAGCUAGAUUUCAUACAUUGUCUACAAAUUGCCCUAAUUUUGAGGGCUACAAAAUACGCUCAAUGUGAAAAACUAUAAGGUGACGAAU